CACCAUUCUUCUCAGAACCACACUCAGCCAAGAGAGCUACUAGUAGCCGGGAGUGUAGUGAGAGUAGAGUGAGCGAGAAUGGGUGGCAAAGCCGCUCUCCUGGUGGCCCUCCUGGCCGUGAGCCUGGUCCUCGAGGCCCAGGCGGGCAGCGGCUACGGCGGCGGCCACGCCCCCACCCCGACGCCGGUCGCCCCACCCCCCAAGCACGAGAAGCCACCCAAGGGCCACAAGCCCCCUCACCACCACCACCACGCCAAGCCACCGGCCGCCUCCCACGGGCCGCCAACGCACGCUCCGGCGCCACCCACCUACAGUCCCCCGACGCCUAAACCUACCCCUCCGGCCCCCAAACCUACACCACCCACGUACGCCCCGAUCCCGAAGCCGCCGAAGCCAUCUCCCUCGCCUCCGGCGUACCACCCCACGCCCAAGCCUGCGCCUCCCACGUAUAAACCACCAACCCAGCCUAAGCCCUCACCGCCGGCGUACAAGCCUGCCCCCAAGGUCUCACCACCAGCGUACAAGCCCGCCCCCAAGGUUUCACCGCCGGCUUACAAGCCAGCCCCCAAGGUCUCCCCGCCGGCGUACAAGCCCGCCCCCAAGGUCUCACCGCCGGCGUACAAGCCCGCCCCCAAGGUCUCACCGCCGGCGUACAAGCCAGCCCCCAAGGUCUCACCGCCGGCGUACAAGCCAGCCCCCAAGGUCUCACCGCCGGCGUACAAGCCAGCCCCCAAGGUCUCACCGCCGGCGCACAAGCCUGUCCCCAAGGUCUCACCGCCGGCGUACAAGCCUGUCCCCAAGCCCUCACCGCCGACGUCGCCGACUCCGCCGGCGCCGAAGCCGACUCCACCGCCCUACAAGCCGCCGACGCCUACUCCUCCGGCGUACAAGCCCCCCACCCCGAGCCCCCCGCCUCCGCCGUACCACCACUAAGAAGAUCCACCACUCUGAAGUUGGGAGCCCAGGAUGCGGUCGAGAAGAGUUGUGCGAGCAGGCCAAGAAGAGCCACGUACGGCGUCGUUGAUCCUCCUCCGGUGUGUGUUGCUGCCGAACUAGGGCCGAUCUCUGAGGAGAUGGAAUAAUGCAGAUGGCUCCCAUUAGUUAUCUUACCAGCUUAUCAUUUGUGUUCGUCCAGUCUUAGCGUCUGUGUUGCUAGCGUGGCAAUGUGCCAGUGUCACUGUAAAACCAUUAAUCACUAUGGAAAUGGAAGUAAAAGGUGUUGUUUUCCGUUGCAUGUAA